ACAAUACUCUAUCCUGGCCACGAUAGUCGGAGCCACAAAACAGCAGGACAUUAAAAGGCGAUCAGAAUCACCGAGAACAAUCCAGUGGUGCACCUACCGCAGGUAUGGCGGGUCUCUUUGGAGCAACAUCGUCGGCGACCAGUAACACCCUCGGCGACUUGAAGAAUGAUGUCGAGCUCGCCAGCCCGCCUGAAGAUAGCAUCUCCGAUCUUGCUUUCAACCCCAACCCGGCCGACCUGAAGGACUUUCUUGCCGUGUCCAGCUGGGACAAAAAGGUCCGCGUAUACGAGAUCUUGAGCAAUGGUCAGGGCCAAGGGAAGGCACAAAUAGAGCACGAUGCUCCGGUUUUCUCCGUCGACUUUUUCAAGGACGGCCAAAAAGUUAUCUCUGGCGGUGCCGACAAGCAGGCCAAGGUACUGGAUCUCGCCACCGGGCAAGCGGUACAGGUAGCGCAGCAUGACCAACCAGUCCGUUGCGUCCGGUAUUUUGAAAACAACGGCACGCCGAUGGCGGUUACGGGGUCAUGGGACAAGACCAUCAAGUACUGGGACUUCCGGAGCGCCACGCCGGCGGGGGUAGUUAACUGCCAGGAGAGGGUCUACACCAUGGAUGUGAAGGAUAAUCUGCUUGUGGUUGGUACGGCUGACAGGUAUAUCAAUGUGAUAAACCUGAAGGACCCCAUCAAGAUCUACAAGACCAUCCAGAGCCCCCUCAAGUGGCAGACGCGGGUCGUCAGCUGCUUCACCGAUUCUCAGGGCUAUGCGAUCGGUAGCAUCGAGGGCCGAUGCGCCAUUCAAUACGUCGAGGACAAGGACUCGAACCUCAACUUCUCCUUCAAAUGCCACCGCGACGCGCCACAAGGUAACGUGACCAAUGUACACGCCGUCAACGACAUUUCGUUCCACCCCCAGCACGGCACUUUCAGCACGGCCGGUAGCGACGGCACCUUCCACUUCUGGGACAAGGACGCGAAACACCGACUCAAGGGGUACCCCAACGUGGGCGGCAGCAUCACAGCGACAACCUUCAACAAGACGGGCAACAUCUUUGCCUACGCCAUCAGCUACGACUGGUCCAAGGGCUACCAGGGCAACCAGGCCACCUACCCAACCAAGGUGAUGCUGCAUCCUGUGCAAGGCGAAGAGUGCAAGCCGAGGUCGACGGUGAGGAAGAAGUGAGAUAAAGGAGCUGGAUUGAGGGCGAGAUUGUGAGGGUUUGGGUUAUUGGAUGUAUGGCUGGAGACUGUCGCCGUCCCACACUGGUGAAAAAGACACCAACCGGAGAAUACCAGCCACGCCCGUGUAGACAGGCGCAGGGUAUGUGGAGUAUCAACCACUAUCAUCACCAGGGACUCACGCCAUCAAGCAAUGUGGGUUCCAGUCAUGGGAGGGACGGGUAAUCAGGUAGAUAGGCCAGAUAGACAAGCAUCACCUUUUCUGGCAUCAUUGUCGAUCCAUGGGAAAACAAUAGUACAAUCUCGCGCCCCCGCUGUUGAGUCCGG